UUUUGAAUUAUUGUGCAUUAUUUAAAAUGGCGGCUCUCAUUGUUGUGGAAACGAUAUUUACUCCAUGAGUUUAUCAAGUUUACAUUCAACUCUGUCAGUGUAAAUAUAACUAAUUUAUGUAUUAUACCUUAGACUGUAAGUAAUAAUAUUUUGUAUGAUAGUCCAUUAACAUAUUUAGAGGAAAUAUGUAUUUAGAUGGAAACUAUGUGCACAGAUUGUGAAAAACAAAGCAUAUGUGGUCUCAGUCGAGAUGUAACUGUCAACAAUUGACCAUGUCUUCAUUGCUACUAACCCAGCUUGUCAGAAAGCAUUUCUGUUUACAUUCCCACAACUUUUUUUUGUAUUUCUGUCUUUAAAUCCUUUCAGUAACUGUCUCUUUAUUUACAUAUGCAAAUCCGAUUUAUACUAAGUUAUUUUCCAAUGUAAGCCCUGUUAUUCUUCCCUCAUCAAGAAAAAAAAAGUGAGAAGAAAGAAACCCCCAUCUUGUGUAUUUCAUGUAAACUGUAUAGUGAUUAGUCGUCGCAAUGUCCAACCCCGCUGUUUGCUCAGAUGUAUCGGACGCGGUUGAAUUAAGUGAACAAUUCAACCUCUAUUUAAAACCUAUUGCCCGGAUAAAUGUGUCCGUACAACUACCUCAAUUGAAAUGUCCUGGCAAAACAAUUUCCAAUUGGGAGGUGAUGGAGAAAGUGAAAAACAUGAUCAAACCGCAUAUUUUUACAUCGCUGAAAGUAACUAAAAGUACUCUCGAUUUUAUUCGACUUGAGGGAGAAGCUGAAAACAAAAGCCAUGUAAAGGUUCUUUUAUUGAAAUUAGAUGGUAAAUCAAUUAAACUUAGUGGAUUUUCAGACACACUGCGUGUAAGGGCAGCUCCAGCCAAGAUUCAUUUCCCAACUCGCCACGAUAUGGCUUCUUAUUUCAGAGAUGCAAAGAAUAUCAACGAAAUGAAGCCUGGAGAAAGACCUGAUACUGUCUACUUCAAAGAUUUGCCAACAAGAUGGUUUACUGCUCAGAACGAUUCCAACAAAGACAAGCCCAGUGAAACGGUAUUAAACUCUGUAUUUAGUGUGUUUGGUGAAAUCCGAUGUAUAGAUUUACCGGUUUUAGAUCCGUACCGAAAACAAAUGACAGAAUCAAAGCCAGGCACUAUACAAACGUUUUCAUUUGGGCAAGAUUUGACAUUUGAAGCGUAUGUACAAUACAAGGAAUAUGUCGGUUUCAUCAAAGCUAUGGACUGUCUUCGUGGAAUGAAAUUGAUGUACAGAGGAGAAGACAAAGCUUUGACUGCAAAUAUCAAGGUUGACUUUGAUAAAACUAAACACCUCUCAGAGAAAGCCAUUCGAGACAGGAAAGCUGAGCGAGAAAGAUUACAAGCAGCAGAGAGGGAACGUGUUGAACAAGAAAGGCGUAAAAAAGAAGAAGAAAUUAGACAAAAGGAAAAAGAAAGACUAAGAAUUGAAUAUGAGAAACGAGAAAAGGAGCGCAAACUUGCAGAAAAACUACAACAACAGGAACUGCGUCGGCGCGAGAGGGAAGAGAAACGUCGGCAGAAACAAAUUGCUAAACGCAAGCGAGAAGAGGAGGAAAAAGCUAGUCUCAAAGUUGCCCAAGAGAGCCGUAAGCUGUUGAUAACUCAACGUAAACUGGAUUCUUUACGCUUAAUGAAUGAAAUAUUCAACAAUGUCAAGACUGUGAAGAUGAAAGAGAACGAACUUCAACAGCAAGCAGCUCAAGAGAAAGAAAAACUGAGACAAAUGGAAUUGAGCAAACUGAAACAAAUUGAGGAGGACAAGAAACGAGUCGAAGCUGAACUGAAGAAACAGAUGGACAUGAAAGAACAAGAGCGAGUACUUCGCGAAAGACUUCUUCGGAAAAGGCAAGCUGCUAAAGAUCGACAAAAGGAGGAGAACCGUGAGGCUUUACGGAUGAAACUUACUCAAAGUACUGUUCGCUUAAAGAGUGCGGUUGUUAUGAAAAGAUAACACUGCUCUUGUCUGGCUUUUAACCCUUUGGCAUUCAGAUUACUCUGUCAAAUGUAAUGCUUAUUUAUUCAUAUUAUCUUGAAUUAAUCAUGCAUUAUUUCCUAGCUUCAAGAUUCCAAUGAUGUAAUUAUUUUUAGAACAACAUUGUAGGGUUGAUGUAAGAGGCCAGAUCUAGCCAGUUUAAAUGAGAAACAGGUAAAAACAUUUGGGCUGGAUGUGGCCAGUUUAAAUGCUAAAGGGUUAACUGAUAUUUCCAUCUACAGAAAUGAAAGGUCAAGCUAUUUAAGGUUAAUGCUUAUUUAUUUUUAGUUGAAAACUUUGCAGUUUUACUUAAUGUAUUAUUUUCAUUUCUAACUACCUUUCCAAUUAUAAUCAUUUACUUUCUUAUUUGAUUUUAAAUGUCUGCAUUGCAAAUGAGAAAGUUCUGAAUAUAUUGAAGCUGUUUGCUGCUGGUUACGAAUGACAUAAGUUUAAUGUGAGGCAAGGCACAGAGUUUUAAUUUCAUUGGUGAAAACUUGGUACCAACCCACUUCAGCAAAUGGAUAGAAAUAUAAGUAUCAGACUAAAUGAUUCUCGUUUUAGAGGAGUUGAUCUCAAAACUGUGAAAAAUUAAAUCAUAUACCAGCUUAUAUUUGACACUGCAGCACAAGAGUGCUUUUCCUAAUUUUCCCUUUUUUUAUGCUAAGUAUCAGGUGGAGAGAAGAUAGUAUUCAAAAGUUGGCCUCUUAUCUAUUUUACUAUUGUGACUCCUCCUCAUAACAAUAAUUGUUCCAAAAUGUGUAAAUGCUAAUCCAAAUAUAUAAAAUCCAUGCUUGCAUUGAAUCAUAAAUAUGAAUUGAUCAAAAAGAUAAAGGCCAAACUUCAAACUGAGAUCCAAAGUCUAAAAAAUUCAUAUUUUUUGAAAACUAUGUUGUGUACAUUAUUUACAUGAUUUGAACUAUUUCACUAAGACUACACCAAGUUUUAUUUGAGGUCCAUCCCAUUCUGUAUUUCUUGAGAAAAACACAGCUUGGGAAUUAUUUUCUUUGAAAUGUUAUAAAAACUAAAUUUUAUAUUAUUUUAUUAUGUUUCUUUUGCCCUAUUUGUAAGGUGUACAAGCUUUGAAUACGUUACAUGUUAAUAACUAAAUGUCCAAAAUGAUGAAUGGUAGAGCAUCAGAAACAAUCCAACUUAAAUGCUGGAUACUGCUGAGGGUUUAUUCAUGAUAUGUGUUGUAAUUAGGGAAUCCAUUGCUGGGAUGAGUGUUUACAAGAAUAUUUAUAUGGAUAAUUCUUUGAUUUGGUAGUAACAAUUUUAGGAAGUGCUAAAUGAUUGCCCAACAAUAAAAAGAACUUGUAACAGUUGUAACAGCAACAGAAAACAUUCAAUGAAAAUAUUUAUGAGAUUUUUGUGCACCACACCUAAUAUGCUUAAUCAUUCAAAAGUUUUUUUUAAGAACUUCACAUUAUAAUACUUCAACGAACCAAUUUCAAUACAUAAAGAUAUAAAGUAGCCAAUUGAUUUCCAGUUAAAGCUAUUUCACUUGUUUUGUUGAUAUUUGUGAGGUCAGUGUUAAUCUUAGAACAACACAUUCACCCUUGUUUAAAAUCUAAAGCUUUGUGUCUCUUUAAGAAAUCAAGAUCUCGCACACUGUAACAUUCCAGAAACUUUUAUUUCUGUAUGUGAAGGUCCAAUCUAGGGAUCAAGUUUUGACUUUUCCUUUUCAUUAGUGAUGCACAUGCAGUAACCAACAUACUAUAUUUUAUUGAACCAACUAAAUGCCAUAUAUAUAUAUAUAUAUAUAUAUAUAUAUAUAUACACACACACACACACACACACACACACACACACACAUGCGCACACACACACAACACUAAGUAUUUUGCCAUUUGCUACAGACCUUAUCUUGAUCAGAACUUAAUUCCUUAUUGUAGUUUAAUUUAUAUUAAGCCUUUAAAUUGGAAUUUGUGGGAAACAAAAGUUCACUAAUUCUCUUAACUAUUAAAUAACCUAAAACUAACAUUCAAUAUCACAGAAAUGCUUUAACAUGCAGUAUUAAGUAUCAGUUUACUAUAUUCUUGGAAAUAAGAAUAUAUCAAAUGGUUUUAUUAUAAUCUGUUAUAUUAUGAAAGCAGUUUUAAAAAUUUCUUUCACCAUUGCCUUUUGUUUGUGGUAUUUUAUAAGAUUUAUGGCCCAUUUAAGAAAAAAACAUUUUAUUGAAGAACCUUUUGCAUGUUUUUUCUUUUCCACUUGAUUCCUCAUUGUCUUAUAGAAUUUUCUCACUUCCUUAUGUCUAACUUGCAAUUCUAUUCAACAUAAAUUUUAUAGAGAAAGCUUUGGAAUAUAACAUUCUUUUUUCAUCCAAUGCCACUUUUAUCAUUCCAUUUUUCUAUAAAUUUCAAAGACCGUAUCAUGUAAUAUAAUUUUUUUAAAAAUUUUCUUUGCAUUCACUUUUAAAUACAUGUAUAAAUAUCGGGUUUCCUUCAAGACAUAUCAAACUGCAGUAAUUCUCUUAUAGUUAUUUCUGUUUUUUAGUGGUUAAAAUGCUGUUUACAGUGUUCCAACUGGAAACUGGAAAUUUCAUGCCAUAAAAAUGCCUCAUCUCAUAAGAACUUCAAAUCCUGGCCAUUUGUUCUGUAAAUCGUACUGUGUUUUUGUUGCACAUCAGAAGUCUUAGGACAUUAUUUUACUUUGUGGUUGGGAAAGAAUCUCAAAGUAGAAAAAGUUCCAUGUAGAUUUAGGAAAGCAAAAUUAGACAAAUUGUUUUAUAUAGAUUUUGAGGGUGUAUGUCAAAUACAGACAUGAUAACAUGAGAAAAAGAGGCUGUAACAAGUGGGUUAAGGUUGUGGUGGUGGUAGAAAUAGAGAUAGAAGGAAGUGAGAGCUCAACGGCAGUUUUCUUAUUGAGCACUGGGGAAUGAAGUCAUACCUAAAUCAAGUUGCCAUUGAGAUAAAGUGUUAAAAGAUAACUGCGCUGCAUGUUUGAAACUUAUAUUGUGGCACGUGUGUAGAAUUGAGUGUGGAAGUGAAAAGGCCAAAAUUUAUAGUAAAUGUGUUUUAAAGAAAUGAGAAUAGUAGAUAUCUUUCAAAUUGUAAUUUUGACCAAUAAUCAUUGCCAUUGAUUCAAUCCAUGAGAAUGUCUGAGUGCUUGCCACAUUAAGAUGCUUGGCUGAUCUAUGUAAAAAUGUAAAUUGAUUCAAAUCUUCACAUAUCGUUUUUUUGUUUUUGUUAAAAUAAUCAGUGUAGUAAAGCACUCUUAACCUUAUCUUUUUUGACUGGGCUGUUCUCUAGUAAUUUUCAGAUUCCUUAUUACUACAUAUAUACAUAUACUUUAGCUGGGACUGAAUUCAGAAAUGUAUUUAUUUUUAAUGUGCAUAGAGGAUAAGUUUUAAAACUUUGCAUUACAAUAUAGGUUAGGAGUUCAGUCCUACUUGCUGUCUAUAUAUAUAAUUAAGAAUAUGGACAUGAGAUAGAUAUUAGACUGACAGAAAUGUGGCUUAGGUCAGAACACAAAAGCUGAGGUGAUUUGUGUGAAAAACAUGUAGUACUUGUAGCUUUUAAAUUACUUAAAAUGUAUUCUUAUGAUAAUAUUACUAUAAUAUAGCCUUUUUGUUGGACUGGAUUCAUGCUUGAUUGUCUAAAUGCUAUUUCAAAUGUGUCUGAUUUGUACUGCAAAAUAUCUUUUCCUUUAGUGUCUGCAGUUCAGAGAGUUAAGUGUCUUCUCCAACAUUAUAGUAUCAUUGAUAGACCAUGAAAUCAUGCCCAACAGAGCGAGAGUUUAGUAUUUCAGUAUUUCAUCUUUUUUUUCUUUUUUUUUCAUAAUUAUUCCACAGUCAAGUUGGUAAAAUCUAUUUCACUAUUUAGUUUUCAUGACUGUCAUAAUGAACAGAAGUCAUCACUAAACAAUUGCUAUCAUAGUUUGUGUAAAGGAUUUAUUAAUUUUCCUCAAGUACCACCAAACUAGAUCUUCUAAAUGUUUCCACCAAUAAGGACAAAUAUUUAUUUAUAUUUUCUUCACUUUUUAUUUUAUAUUUAUAGUAAAAGAAAAAACAAAAAAACUGCAAAGUUAUUUAUUGAAUUCCUUUUUUUUUUUUAUAAAAUAAAUUGUAACAUGGAAGUUAUUUUUUUAUAAAUAAUGACAGCUUUUAUACAAUUAACUAAUUAACUUGUUAAUUGUGAUCAGAAUACAUGAUUGUGAAUCUGCAUAUUUCAUAAUGAUUGUCAACCUUUCAGACACACUUGCCUAAAUAUCUGGUUUAAAAGAAACCGUAACUGUAUAUAUCUGUUAUGUAUUUCUGUAUAUAAAUUCAUAAGGAACAAUAAAAUUUUAUUGUAUUUUCAA